UUAAUCAGUAAAAUCGUGUUUUUAUGCUGUCGGAACUCCCGUGGAGACUGAAGGGAUCUAGAUAGUUUCAAUUACUUCGUUAGAAAACUGUUCACGUUUCAAAUAUAUUUCAUAAGCAACAAAAUGUUCAAAACACCAAUGUCAGGUAUUUUAUUUGGCGCGAGCAAAGUAUCCACAAAAUUGUUCGUGCCUAGCAGUGGUUUGCAUGUAACGGCACCAAUGAAGCUGAAAGAGAUCCAUGCAAACAAAGUUGGCAGCAAGUUGAUUAUUGAAGGAUCAUAUAUACCGUCUCCUAGGAAAGAUCACGUUAUCCAGAACAACAGCGAAUGCUGUUCAUUGUGCAAUCUUGGUUUAAACGUCAAACACACGGAUGUAUUGAUUCUUAGCCAAUUUGUACGACCCGACGGUUGUAUGAUGCCUCAACGAAUUACUGGUCUCUGCAAAACUCAACAAAAGAGAAUGUCUAAAUUGGUGUCUAUGGCGCAUAAAGCAGGUUUAAUGUGUAAUUUAGCUCCAGACAAUAGUAAAAAGGAUCCCACUAAAAGAAAGUUAUGGAAGAAAUACAAUACUUACUUCGAUGAAUCUACCAUUAAAAUUUACGAAAGUCAUUUCAAAACAGUUAAAGAAAACAUUAUACUUGACUAUAUGAAAUCGAAAAAAUCAGAAAAUUAAUUAAUUGAUAAUAAUCAACAAUAUUAAAAGUUAAGAGUAGGUAUUCUGUAAUUUUUCUUAUUAUUAAAAUAAAACAUUUGUAAUAAUUA